UCAUUGCGUGUGGCAACUCGCUCCCAAACACAUAUUCUGUGGGAAGCAAACCGUAGAAAUCGCGACGUAUUGUGCAGCCUGUACGUUCAACGAAGGGUUCACUCCACUUUUGAAAAUCAUGGAGACAAUGGGAUGUACCAUAGGGCCGAUAGCCGCAGACUUCGCUGCAAAACAUAAAGCAGAGCGCAUCAAAACUGCAGAUCGCCGAAGCUCUCUGGACAGCAAAGAAGCCAGGACAGCCCGUCGAACUGAAAUUUCGGCCGAAAAUGAGGAGUUCGAGGAAGCAGAAGGAGUAUUGUAUGGACCUGGCAUCGCCGAUUGAUUGUAAGUAAACGAUUUCUCUAAAAUUUUCGUACUUGAAUCUUUAAACGCGUUUUUCUCGGAAUGGUGUUUUUCAAAACGGU